AUGGUGAUUUCUUUGCCACUAGUACUGAAAUCUGAAGAUUCUGCAAAUCUUAUUCAACAAAACUGGUGGAAGCUUUUAGAUUCUGCUGAACUAAAGCGAAGCUCUAUAUCUUUCUUUGACGUUGAGAACCAUGAAACUGCCAUUUCGCGUUGGUCUAGAGCGAGAACAAGAGCCGCUAAGGUUGGUAAAGGUUUAUCGAAAGAUUUCAAAGCUAGGAAACUUGCUUUGCUGCAUUGGCUUGAAGCAAUCGAUCCAAGGCAUCGGUAUGGACAUAAUCUACACUUUUAUUAUGAUAAAUGGCUCAAGAGUCAGAGCAUGGAACCCUUUUUCUAUUGGCUAGAUAUUGGAGAAGGAAAGGAAGUAAAUCUUGAGAAGUGUUCUCGAGCUAAACUUCAACAACAGAGUGUUAAAUAUCUUGGUCCUAUGGAAAGAUUGUCUUAUGAAGUUGUUGUGGAAGAUGGAAAGUUGUUGUACAAAGAAUCAGGAGAGUUCCUUCACACUAUAAAAGAAGGCUCACGUUCCAAGUGGAUUUUUGUCCUUAGCACAUCGAAGAAGUUAUAUGUUGGUAAAAAGAAGAAAGGCUCAUUUCAGCAUUCUAGUUUUUUGGCUGGUGGAGCCACAUCUUGUGCUGGAAGACUGGUUGUUGAACAUGGUGUCUUAAAGGCUGUUUGGCCUCACAGUGGUCAUUAUCGUCCAACAGAAGAGAAUUUUAAGGAUUUUACUUCAUUCCUUGAAAAGAAUAAUGUGGACCUUUCCAAUGUGAAGAUGGGUGGAGUUAAUGACGGAAUACACACAUUUGAAGAGGACUUAACUGGGAACAUGAGUGGUUUAGAGGAUGAAUAG